AUGUCCUUCCACGCAAAUGGUGGGCGACGCUACGGACAUGUACCUCCAGCACAAUACGGUGCACCAACAGGUCAACCCUCGAAUAACUCGAGUCAAGGCUUGCACAGGCAGUCUAGUUUUGACAAUGGAGAUGAUGCUGCAUUUUUCGACCCGGGUAAUAGCGGAUACCAACCUGCCCCGCCAUCAUCGGCGAGGGCUUCAAUGCCAUCAGAAGAAUUAUACAUGCCAAAUAACUCAAUGAGCCCACAAUCGCCUGGCAGAUCGUCAUUUGGAACACCUGGUAGUCCCGCUUUGUCGGGAUAUCAACAUCAAUACCAGCCUUUGAACGGAUCUCAGUCCCCCUCACUUCCCCAACAGCCUGCAUAUAACCCUCAGAACUUUGCCAGGUCUCAGUCGCACUCGCAGCCUUCACAAUAUCGCCCUCAACCCUCAUAUAGCCCGAGUGUUUCCAGUCAACACCAAUACUCAAACUCUACAUCUUCUAAUCAUCAACCGUAUAAUCCUGCAGCUUAUCAGCCCUCGCAAUAUCCUACACGCGCUUCGUCUACUGCCUCUGCGUACAACAAUUACAACAAUUCCUAUGCGCAAACUCCUACCUCUACAUCGGCAUCCUAUUGGUCAUACAAUUCUUCUUCUUCAUCGCCUCCAGCUCGCGCAAGUGCUAUAUAUGAAAGUUACAUGGACUCGCCACCUUUGAGAAGUCCAAGCUAUGCUCCUCACUCGGCUCCAUUACCCCCAAGGCAGGCUUCAUAUAAUCCACCGCCUUCUACAACUCCAUAUCCAACUAACGGGGACAAUUUUGCUGAAGACGACUAUGAUUACAGGAGAACUACGCAAAUGCCCACAUACCCGAAUUUUCCCGGUGGUGUUCUUCGAGAGAAUUCAAUUGACUCCAUACCUCAAGAAAUCCCUCCUAUUCCUCCGCCCAAACGUUCUUCGACAAAUUCUUCAAAUGCCCCCGUGAUACCUAUGCCUGCCUCUCCUGGGACCACACUACAGAGACACCCAACGCAAAGACCCUUACCUAGUGCGCCAAUGGAACAAGGUACCGGAGAUGAAGAUGAUUGGGGUCUAGGAAUACAAGGUAAGACAGAUGAAGAACUUGCCCAAGAACAAAUCUUUGCGGAUAUUGGAGAUGCCCUUGGAACUUCCCACCGGAAUGGAGACCUUCUGGAUGGUGAAUUACAUCGAUAUGACUCAAGAGCAACUACUGUUCAUUCUGGUGCUGGCGUUGACCGUUUUCCAUCUACAGCUUCUACAUUACAUACCGAGGGAACUUCUUACGAUGAUUACGAAGAUGACGAAAGCGAUUUGGAAGCAGCUGCUGGCCUCGAAGCUAUGCGCAUUGCCGAAGAACAAGAAUCCCAUGGACUAGGUUCGGGGGGCUUAAGUUUUGGUGGACCGUACGAAGGACAACCAUCAUAUUACGAGGGACAACCAUCACAUCAAACUCAGCUACCUCAAGGGGAAAGUAGUGAUAGUGAUUACAAAGGUAUGGAUUUAGGCCUCGCUGGCGGUGGCUACGACGCACAUAUGUCUUAUGGAGAUGAUUUUGCUGGUAUGAGUACGGAGCAUAGCAGUGAGAUGGAAGAUCAAAGUCGACCAUUACCGACACCACACCAACUUGGUCGUUCUGAUAGUCGCGCUCAAAGAGGUGGUUUGGGAGGAAUGGCUGACUACUCCAUGCCCGGCGAGGGUGAACUUCAUCCCUUCCCUGCUUUUGAAGAAGCCAGGGUUGAUAACUACGGUACAGGCGGCCUAGAAAGGCCAACUUCUCAUGCCCACCGGUUGAGCUUCGACGAAGGUGAUGAGAAUUCAAUUCAAUCUCGAAUUUUAGAUUCUCGGCAAAGUGGUAGGUCUGGAAGUGAUAGCCCCCCGAGAGAUGAAAUUCAAGAUAUGUUCUACCAUCCGGGGAUGACUCCAGGACCUUACCAAAGGCCUCUUCCCGCAGUUCCUCCAAUGUCCGAAAAUAGGACACCGCAAUUACAACCAGCUGGCUCUUACCGCAAUUCGCACGGUUAUUCACACUCCUACUCUUCCAGUGUCGACAGCGUGAGGCCGUGUCCUCCCAGUGGACCGGAAGCAUACCCACAAAAUACACUUCAGCCUGCCCUUCAAUAUGUUCCCAGAUCAUCAUCUCUUCAUAGUCACAGCAAUACUGCACAAACCAUACCUCCCGUCCGCUCGAAAACAGAUGCCGAGGAGCGUCAAGCCAGAGCAAAGGGCAAUAGACAAUCUAUGCUUCGCUCGGCCGCGGGACUAGAUGGUUAUGAUGCAUCUACUCCGGCCUCUUUAGGGACGCUUGAUCUACCAGCCUUACCAGCCGGCCGUCGUAAGAAGUUUUCACCCGGAAGGUUAUCAACAGCCGAAUUCCGAAGGUGUACGGAGCCAUGGGCUUUGAGUGGAAUUGCAGGCUGGAUACGAGAGAUGGCUGGCGGGGAGACGGGAGAAGGCGAAUCAGAUCUCCGAGUAAAGACUAUCGAAGAUGGCCUUAUAGCCCUGUUCACCCACAUGGUACCAACCAUGAACACGGCUGAUGCCGAAACCCUUAGUGAAAAAGUCGUAAAGUCUAUGUUCGACGCUGGGAUUUUGGUGAAAGAUGAAGAAUGGGUCAAAUUUGGCCAAGGUGAAGUAUCCGGUGUAUUAUGGCAAUUGACAGGGUCAGGAUGCUAUGCGCCAAAGAAUAACCUCCAUGAGAUAGUCAUGUCGGAGGAUAUCUACAUGGAUCAGAUUAACGUGUUACGCAUAUUAUAUCGAGACAAUCUUGCUUCGUGGCAACCUCCCAUCAUCGCAAAAACGAAGAUUACGAAGUUUGUUGCUUCUGUUUUUGGAAAAGUCGAAGCCAUUAAAGAUGUUAACGAAAAUCAUCUACUUGCACAAUUGAAGUACAGACAAAAAGAGCAAGGACCUUGGGUGACGGGCUUCAGCGACAUUUUCAGAGAAUGGAUAAGGAAGGCCAAGUCCGCAUAUAUCGAAUAUGCUGCUGGGUUCCCAUACGCCACAUAUCUUGUUCGAAGAGAAGCAGACAGAAAUAUUCUUUUCCGCCAAUUUCUAGACCAAGCUCGAGACAACAAGCUCUCCGGUCGUCUAGACUGGAAUACAUAUUUAAAGGCCCCGAUCACAAGGUUGCAGCGCUAUGGUCUCCUCCUUGGUACUGUUCUCAAAAAUAUGACCAAAGAGAGCGACGAGAAAGCAACUCUAGCGAUAGCCAUUGAAGAAAUCAAGGCAGUCACCCUAGAGUGUGAUGCUAAGGUUGAGGAACAGAGUAGAAAAGUUGAUAUGAUUGAGCUCCAGUCGAAGCUCUAUCUGCGCCCGGGUAUGGAGCGUGUCGAGCUCAAUUUGGAUCAUCUAGGCCGUGAGCUUCUUCAUAGAGGAGAUUUGCAGCGUGCAGGUAACAAUCGAUUCACCUGGUUGGAAACUCAUGCUAUCCUCUUUGAUCAUUACUUUGUUUUAGCCAAGAGUGUUAUUCAACGAGAUGCCAAUGGUCUGCGGAAGAAGGAAGUUUAUGAUGUAUCAAAACUUCCGAUUCCAAUGCAGCUCUUAGUCCUCGAGAGCAGUGACGAUGAUCCAGUGCAGAAAUCCGCUGUGAAGGGUAUUGGAGCCGUCACGACAACUGUCGCCAAGACUGCCCCAGCAAACGCUGCCGAAGCAAGGUUAAUGCGUACUGCCACGAAUGCUACUAGCGGACUUGAGCGAAUGCAAACAUUAGAGCAUACAAACUCUAAUAAUUCAGUCUCAACUACAGCUUCCGUGACAAGACUUAAUUCGAAUAAUUUGAAUGAUAACGAUGCAAAGGUCAUGUAUCCAUUCCGUAUCAAGCAUUUGGGCAAAGCCGAAGUUUAUACUCUAUAUGCUCCAUCGGCCGCAAAUCGAGACAAGUGGUGUGAUAAGAUAAUCGAAGCAAAAACUCGUUAUGCAGCGGCUCUUUUUGCACAAAAUGCUGAGCCUUUCCGUCUUAAAGUUGUUGCUGAUAGUGCUUUUGCUUAUGACAACUCGACGAUCUAUCAGCAAAGGGCUUUCAUCUCUAUUUCUGGUACACCACUAGAUAGAGCUGUCAGGGAUAUGGAACACAGUUGUGGAUCAAAACCUCGGCCAUCUCCGGUAUGCAGAGCUCAAGUAAACUGCGCAGUAUCGUUUAUGUCAUAUGGGAAACUUUUGAUUGCAAUUGGAACAGAUUAUGGGGUGUAUAUCUCUGAGGCAUCGAAUCCUCGAGGAUGGUCAAGAACUAUUCAAAUGCCCAAAGUUACACAAAUCGCCAUUCUCGAAGAUUUCUCCCUGUGCAUCAUCAUUGCCGACAAAUCUUUGGUUGCAUAUCAUCUCGACGUAAUCAUUCCUGCUUCAAACUUUCCUGGGACCAAUACAGACUCAUCUCGACGAGCACCUCAAAAGCUCUCCGGUGCUCGCGACGUAUCAUUCUUCGCUACAGCUCGUAUGAAAGAAAGAACCCUAGUCUUCUACAAGAAAAAGGAGAGUCUUCACUCCGUCUUCAAAGUUCUAGAGCCAGUUGUUCAAAAAUCCUCGGAGAAAAAGUCUCGUCUUUUUGGUAAACGUUUCGGUGGCAAUACUGAAUUUUUCCGUGAAUUCGACGAAUUUUAUAUUCCAACCGAGUGUUUCACCAUCAAUCUCUUCCAAUCAUACAUUGCCAUCUCGACUCAAAAAGGAUUUGAACUCUUGACCCUCGACAAGAAAGUACCAAUGAGUAUCCCAGAUACCAAAAAUCAAAACAUAGCAUCCAUAGCCGCUCGACUCCAAGGUCAAAGACCUCUAGGUAUGUUCAGGCUUUCUGAUUCUGAAUUCCUUCUAUGCUAUGCGGAAUGUGGUGUCUAUGUCGAUAAACAUGGUGAAGUAUCUCGAUCCGUCAUAAUGGAAUUCGUAGGAAGAGCUAAAACGGCGGCUAUGUAUGGUGCCUACUUGGUACUCUUCGAUAGCGAUUUUGUCGAAGUGAGGAAUGCAGAGAAUGGUAGAUUGAGACAGGUUAUUGCGGGUAGUGAUGUAAGAUGUCUUGAUGCGGGUACAAACCCUCAGGGAGCAGGCGCCAAUUCUAUGGCUACUAUGAAUCCGAUGGGUGGCGCGGGAGGAGCUAUGAAUAGGACGUUGAAGUUGGCAAUGGCACAUCCGGAAAUUGUGGGGAACCAAAUUGUGUUGGAGAUGGUGCUUAAUGAGGGGCAUAUGGAAUAG